CGUUGUUGGAAGCUCGGGGUUGCGCGAUCAGGAAGGGUCGGCACACGAGCGAAGUAAGAGUGGGUUCGAUGUCUGAUGGGGAUUUGCAAUGCGCCUGCCACAUCUCAACGAGCGAUGAACAUAACGUUCCAGAACUUCGUCAACAAGACACAGCCGACGCAAGGAAUGAUUAACUUCUGCGUGAUCGUUUACAUGGAUGACAUUCUGGUCUAUUCGGAAACCUAUCGCGGACACGCGCAACACAUCGAAUGGACAUUGGGUGCAUUAAGAGACACUGGGUUCAAAAUUGCGCUUGAGAAAAGCGAAUUUUUCCUCUCGGAAAUUUCGUUCUUGGGUUACGUCGUGACACGUGGAGGACUGCGGCCAGAUUCGAGAAAAGUUGCGGCGGUGAAGGAAGCCCCGGUUCCCACAUCACUGACGCAGGUUCGAGCCUUCUUAGGGUUGGCGUCAUACUAUCGGCGCUUCAUCAAGGGCUUUGCUGCGAUUGCACGACCGCUAACGAAUCUGUUACGGAAGGACCAGCCACUCAAUUGGGACGCGGAGUGCCAACAGGCCUUUGCGACCCUCGAAGACACUCUGGCAACAGCCUCUAUUUUAAUACGGCCGGACCCCGCGAAGCAUUUCAUUCUCAUCACGGACUGGCAACCGGAAGCUAUUUCCGCUAUUUUAGCACAGAAGGGGAACGAUGGGCUCGAACACGUCAUGGAGUACGCGUCUCGAACCGUGUCAUACGAACGUAGAAACGACUCCGCACCUCAAGGCGAGUGCUAUGCGGUAGUUUGGGGAAUCCAACACUUCCAUCCGUAUCUCUACGGACAGAAGUUUCGCCUCGUAACGGAUCAUGAGCCUCUGCUGGCACUGAAGAAACUCACCAACUACACGGGCAUGAUUGGCCUUUGGGCGGUGCGACUGCAAGAAUACGACUUCGAUAUCGUCCAUCGAAAGACAGAGCGACACGGUAACGCGGACGGGUUGACACGUUUACAUCGACCUGCCAAGCUGGCAGACGAGCUCCCUCUCGACAUCAUCUCGCAAGACGACGAGCAUCCGAUUCCUCAUGUACUUUCUUGCACGUUGACGCCAUAUCUCCAGUGGUUGGCUUGUGUGGAGGGAGCCGCAGAGCGCAUCCCGCCGUCGCAGCAGCAGUAUUUGGAUCCUCUGACGGUUUGUGAUCCUGCCUUCUUUAGGCACCCAAUGGCAGAGCAGCUUGCUGCCAUUCGAGAGGAAGAGGAGGAGGAAGAAAGCACUGAGAGUGAUGAAGGAGAAGACGAGCGGGAAGAAAGUGGGGAAAGCGACGAAGUACUCGGGGAAGAGGACGAAACCCUCGAAGAAGGAAGCUAUAGCGAGCAUAGCGAGGGGGAGCAGAGCGAAGAAGAAGAAGAAGAAGAAGAAGACGAAGGAGAAGAGGAGAACGAAGAAGGACCUGCGGAAUCGGAGUGGGAAGCUGCGUCGGAAGAAGCGCUGCGCACGGGCACGGAGGCUGAAGAUCCGGAGGCGGCCCACAAAAGAGAGGAAACCACGGCCGGGAAAAGGGAACUAGAAUUUGCGAGCGGGGCAAGCUUACACGUCCACGACGACCCAAACCAAGAUCCGGAGCCGCCCCGACCAGGACAUGGCGACCUUACGGCCACGACUCCGACCCCAUCAACACGACGACGGAGGAGGAAAACGACAACGAGGAGGGGUCAGACGAUGACGACGACGAGAAAUGCCACGUGGACGAUGAUUAGCGCAAGGGCUACGUCGUCGCUUGGCAUCGGCUUGUCGGUCUGUCUGCCUCUCAACUGGAAAUGGGCAGCACCGGCUCUGCUGCUGCAGCGUAGAGGGGGCGGGCGUGCAAGAGCCCUCCUGAAGUCUUCGGCCGGCGGUGGUGCCCUGACAGCUCGUGGAACGCAGUUUUUCACGAGCGGCAAGGCAAGAGUAGUGCAGCGGCGACAGCUCUUGACGUGUGCAAGACAGGAAAAUGCUGAACCAGUAGAAGAAGGAAGAGGAGAGGAUUUUGCUUGCAUCAGCAACGUUUGGCCCGUUGCAGGGCGAGCAGUGAAGAAACAGAGCAAGGAGAACACGAAGACCAAGAACAGUAAUCGUGGUAAACCGUGACAAACAAUACCAGGCUGCUUUCCAUGCAUUCAUCGCAACAAGCUUUUUGUAAAUCAUUCCGCAUGUAAGAAGACAAAGACGAAGACGACGACGAAGACCUGAACAGAGAGAGAGAGAGAGAGAGAGAGAGAGAGAGAGAGAGAGAGAGAGAGAGAGAGAGAGAGAGAGAGAGAGAGAGAGAGAGAUGUGUGCGCACGGUGAUGCAAAGUAGCUCGGUCGAAAAUCGAUUUUUCGGAAGCCUGUUUUGGAAGAAGAAGAACAAACGACCGAAGCGGGA